AAAAGCUCCAUCCGAGUGUCCUUCAGCCCGGCGCUGGCGGAGCAGCAAAUCAAGGAGGAGGCAGCGCGGCGGCUCAGCGCAGCAGCUGUGCCAGAGGCUGAGAUACCAAUUCCCAGUGCUGUCCCUCAGUCUCCUGUGGGCAAAAAGAAGAAAGAUUCAAAGAAAGAGCGAAGGAAAUCAAGUGUUUCCAUUCCCAGAGGAAAGACUGGAAGCAGGAAAAGCCUGGCUCCURCAGAAAGCCCCGAAGAGCCAAAACCCGAAGAGUUAAAGCCUGAUUCUGAUGCUUAUAGGGCAGCCCAGGCUUCCCUGCUGAGGAGUUUCGGAGGGAGUUUUAACAAAUACAUCAUUCCAUGCUCUGUUGCAAGUGGCCACGCCAUUGGAGAGGAGGGCUCUGGGAAUUUGAGCUGCAGCCCUCACAACACUCUGUACCUGGAGCUGCACUGCCCUGCUGUAGCCCCGCCUGUUUUGAUCACUUCUGACACYGGGAGCAAUGAGGCCAAUUUUGGGGACGUUGCCAUAGGCCACAGAAUGAUGAAGAGAAUUACAGUAGAAAACAUCUCCCCAGGGAAGCUGGAAGUGGGAUUCUCAGUUCUGAAUCCCAACGGCCCCUUCCUGUUGGUCAGAGCAGUUGGAAUGCUUGAGCCGGGUGAAAGCAAACCCUUCAUCAUCUCUUUUUCUCCAAAUGAGGAAAAAUGGUUUGUGGAAACUCUGGACAUCCAGGUGGCAAAAACCAACGUGAGCCUCCGCCUGUCUGGCCACGGGGUGAUGCCAAGCACUGUGUGCUCCGUGGGAGAGGUGCUGGACAUGGGAUAUGUCCUGUCCAGGGACACGGUGACUUCCACAAUCCAGAUAGAGAACACUUCCAACGUGACCCUGCCAUUCUCUGUACAACUGGAGUCRCUCUCACCAACAUGGGCCAGAGAUCGGCAGAAAAUUCCAUCCUUUCUCACAUCCUCUGUGCAGAGAACAGAGAUUGUUGGGACACAGAACUACAGUGGCUUCAGUGUGUUCAGCAUCUCUCCAACAGAAGGAAAAAUUGAGGCUGGGAAGAGCCAGGAUCUCGUUGUUACUUUCAGUCCUGAYCAUGAAAGUCUCUACUACUCCGACCUUCUCAAGGUUCUGCUCUUCGGCAAG